AUGGAAGCCCCAUGCGAUACGGCGGCAUUGGGAUAUCCCGAGACAUUCACUGAGGAAUUUAUUCGCUACUGUCUCGUCCAUCAUCUCCCGCCGUUGCUAUUUCAUGACCUCAGCGAGGUGCUGGAAAGGAUUCCACGGUAUAUUCGUGUGCGGCCACAAUACAUGUUAAAAAACAUACUGAUGCCCCCAGAGGAUAACAACGUCGCAGGUGAGGAUGCAGCCAGACAGGAGAGAUGCCAAAUCAAGGCUCAGAUUGCGGCUUCUUUUGGUGUUUCCUCUGCCAGUGUAGAGGAGGUGGAAUGGCUUCCAAAUCCGUAUUACUACGCCGUUCCUCGAGGUGUGGCAAUGAGCCGCGCGGCCAUUUACCAAAUUGGCAUGGUCUCUGCGAUGGAUGCGGCUUCCGUAGCGGCGGUGGUGGCGCUGCGUCCGUGUCAAGGGGACCUGGUGUGGGAUGUAUGCUGCUCUCCCGGAAUGAAACUGAGCCUUAUUGCGGACGCCAUUGGCGAAACGGGAGUGGCAGUUGGGACGGACAUCAAUUUGAAUCGUUUGUUUACUGCAAGAUCAGUACUCAGGAAACACCAAGCAGGGAAUGUGUGCCUGUUUGCCGCAGACGGGACGUCUUUUACCCUGCAUGAAGCUGCCGCAGCUCUCGACGAAAUGAUAUCAUCCGGGAAACCUGGAGGCAACGGCUUAACGCCGUGGGAAGAGCGGAAGUUGCGGCGGUUUCGGAAGCGACGACAUGAAAUGAGUGUGAAAACCGCGACGGCAUCCAUUGGCGUGAAUGAAGAAAGGGAAUUGGCGGUGGCAUUUUCCACGGUGCCUGCACGAGAACGGAUUUGCUGCAUUGAGAAAUGGAAGAAAGAGCAUCAAGGAUUUGACCGGGUGCUUGUUGACGCCGAGUGCUCGCAUGAUGGAUCAUUAGCACAUAUCUUUUUCAAUGACGCUACAAGGAAGCCGUUUUCUGCUGCCAAAGCCACGCCAAUGACAGUUUCCUCUGGGAUUGACAAUGCACACCGUAUGCAGCGGCUGCAUUUGGCCCUUCAAUCGGAUGAAAAGGAGGCAAAGGUUCAAGAGGAGUUGUCACCUCUUUUACAGAUCCAACUGAAUCUACUUCGAAACGGCUAUUCACAGUUGAAACCGGGUGGGACACUGGUGUACUGCACAUGUUCUUUUACAUACGAGCAGAAUGAAUUCAUUGUGCGUGAAACCGUUUCUCGUGUAAAUUCCAGCAACGACUUAAAGCGGCAGUACAACGGCGAGGCCGUGAUACGACACCCCUUUCUAUACACGCACGAAAUAGUGAGUCUGGAAGCGAUAUCGCCGAUCGUGCGUCUAACAGAUGCGCAAGCAGCAUCUUUGCAGGAAAGGUUAAAAAUGGAUCCCGAUCCGUACGGAAUUCUUUGUGCAGAGGUAAAGAAUGAGGAAGAAGCGACCUUCACGGGCGUACGCCUCUGGCCUCGCAACUUCGCCACCAGCUUCCAGUUCAUUGCCAAAAUAUGGAAACGGCCAUUGUGUUCUUCAACCACCGAGUAA